AUGACCGACGGCUGGACCCCCGACAUUGUUGUCGGGGUCGAUUUUGGCAUGACCUGCACUGGUGUUGCCUAUUCACACGGACCCGACUGGCCGCCCCCAAAACCAAUACAGCACUGGCCCGGUCUAAUCGGGUCGCAAAUCGCAACAAAAGUGCCCUCCCAUCUUUUGUACACACCCACUGAUCUAAAAUGGGGCUUCCAAUGCGAAGAAACCGUCUCGGACUCACGCUCCACUUCAAAUACCCCCUCCACCUCAACCAGCGACACCGUCGCCGCAAGGGCAACCGACAUCAUCAAAUACUUCAAACUAAACCUCGACUCGGACUUCACGGACUCACGGCCCGAUGCGCCGACGCGCGACCAGGCGAUGUGCUAUUUCCGCGACUAUAUCGGCUGCGUGUACCGGUAUGUGGUGGACUACUUCUCGCGCAGCUUUCCGCGGUUUGAGGGCAUGAAGGUCGAGUUUGUGUUUAGUGUGCCGACGACGUGGAAGGAUCCGCGGAUGGUGGAAGAGUUGAGGAGAGGCAUUGAACUUGAUCGCGGUCGAGACCAUAGGGCUGUUAUUGGGCUAACAGAGGCGGAGGCUGCGGCGGUUUAUGUUUCGGGAUUGCAUUACCAGAAAAAUGAUGUGAUCCUGGUUUGCGAUGCUGGUGGAGGAACUACGGACGUGAAUGUUCUCAAGCUAGCCAGUGGACCUGGUGAACCUACGGUUUAUGAACCGCUAGGAUUUGUCGAAGGGAAGCCUGUCGGGUCAGUCUUCAUCGAUGUCGGCGUCCAGCACCUCAUACGCACCAAACUCGAGCCCAUCAGGGACUCUCUUCCGGCACCAGUAGACGAGAUCGCGUGGCAGAUGAUGGGAAGUCGGUUCGAGCGCUACAAGUGCUCGUUUGGAACAAUGGGCGGAGAACUUGAGACGCUGAGGCUCGACCUUCCCGCGUCAGUGUCGGAGUCGGAUUUCCCUGAGCAGGGGAUCUGGAAUCGGCAGUUACUCAUAUCUAGAGCCGAGAUACAAGAAAUCUUCGACGAAAAGAUCACGGAUUUGACCCAGUUACUGGAUGACCAGGUCCGCAAUCUACAACUCACCCACCCAGCUCAGAAAAUUUCCUUUCUCGUCCUCUCCGGUGGCUUCGGUAGCUGUCCCUACCUCCGCAACAGUAUAACCGAGCGCUAUGAAACACCCACGCAUCUCUGGCCAGAGGGCAUUAAAGUGCUCACUGUCGAUGAACCACAACUAGCCGUCGUCCACGGCCAAGUCAUGAACCGCACCCAACAAAUGCGCACCCACGCCACAGUCUUCAACCACCUCUACAGCCCCGUCAGCUACGGAGUAAUCUGCGACUGGAUUUACGAUCCGAGUAAACACUCUGGGGAAAUAACAAGAUUCGACGAGCGCAAUAUGAAGACUUACGCGGUGAAUCAGAUUGAUUGGCUUGUAACGAAGGGCGACCUAGUCUCAAGGAGUGGAAUAUCCAAAUCUUUCCCGCGCAAAAUCUCCCCGCGCGAUCUAUCCCGGCCUUUUGUGGCCCAGAUCGUCAUGUCGCAGCGCCCACGCGACCAGCUCCCACAAAGCAUGCUGCAUGGCGACGCAAAGCUCAUCUGCGAACUCGAAGUCGACACCGCCACCGUCGAGAAGAAGAUCAAGAACAACCACUGGUAUAACCGUUCGCCGGUAUACUUCCUCGUCAAUGUGAUUGUGAAGCUGCUGAUUGAGCCGGCGGGACUGCAGUUUGAGCUUUGGAAUGCGAAUGGGGACCGGAUUCCUGCGCGGUCGAGGAUUGCGAGGACGAACCGGGAUGGCCCUCUUGCUAGUGUUGGUGCUGGGGUUGCGGAUGCGCCUAUUACGAUCUGGUGGGAGAAUAUUGCGGAGUUGCAGGGUGGGAGUCAGCAGGAGAGGAUCAGCCCGAGGCUGCCGUUACAGAGGGCGAGUAAUGUGCCCUCGGAGGUUGGUGGAGGGCAUACGUUUGAGUUGAUGGGAGAUGCAGGGCUGCCGCAGCAGUCGGCGGGUGGUGGGAAGAUGAGCCUUCCUGCUUAUCGAUAG